AUGGAGGACCUAUUCUCACUUCCCAUCUUCUUCAUCACCUUCCGCGAGUCUCUCGAAACCGCCAUCAUCGUCUCCGUCCUCCUCGCCUUCAUCAAGCGCACCCUCGCCACCAAAGAUGACCCCGUCCUCCACCAAAAGAUGGUAAAACAGGUCUGGCUCGGCACCGCCGCCGGCCUCGUCACCUGCGUCGUUAUCGCCAUGGCCAUCAUCAGCGGCAUCCACUCCCUCGGCGCGGAACAAUUCGCUGCCGCAGAGAGCAUCUGGGAGGGCAUCUUCUCCCUCGGCGCCUCCCUCAUCAUCACCGCCAUGGGCGCCGUCCUCCUGCGCGUCACCAAGCUGCAGGAUAAGUGGCGCGUGAAGCUGAGCAAGGCCCUGAACGCGAGCGAGUCCCACUCGGGGCCUUUCCGCGACCGCUUGAAGUACCUCGGCGAGAAGUACGCCCUGUUCUUGUUGCCGUUUAUCACUGUCCUGCGUGAGGGAUUUGAGGGCGUGCUCUUCAUUGCUGGUGUUGGCGUCAGUGAGACGGCUGCAUCCAUUGCCAUUUCGUCUAUUCUCGGCCUUGCGCUCGGUGCCUUUGUUGGCUACUUUAUCUACAAGGGUUCCAAGACGGCGCCGAUCCAAAUCUUCCUCAUCGUCUCAACCUGCUUCUUGUACCUCAUCGCCGCCGGUCUCUUCUCCAAGGGUGUCUGGCACUUUGAGCAGAACGAGUGGAAUAAAAUCGUCGGAGGUGACGCAGCAGAACUCGGCUCCGGUCCCGGCUCCUACGACGUCCGCAGAAGCGUCUGGCACGUCAACUGCUGCAACCCCGACCUCAACGGCGGCGGCUUCUGGGGCAUCUUCAACGCCGUUCUCGGCUGGCAGAACUCGGCCACUGUCGGCUCCGUCGUCUCCUACAACCUCUACUGGGUCGCCGUCGCCGCGGGCUUCUUCGCCAUGAUUUGCAACGAGAAGGGCUACUGGCCGUUCGCCGGCAGCAAGGCCAAGAAGCUCGCCGACGAACACGAGGGCGACGACCAGGAGCCGCUUCUCAGCCGGCCCGCUCGGUAA